AUGCCUAACUCAAGCGAGCAGUCGCAUUUCGGUGGCUUUCUCGGCCGGCGAGGUCCUGAGUGGAGCGAGGGCCAGAGCGACGGGGCUGCGGCUCGCUGUCAGUACUGUGGCACCGUCGCGGGACGCGGGAAUUCCUUGGCACUCGGCGACGGAGACAGCGAAGCGUGGAUGCAUCAUCAUCUAGAGAAUGCUGGGAAACUGGAUCCAGUGUGCUACCCGUCCUUUUACAGGCAGGUGGGCCGUGACCCGUACGGGCCGGAGCUGCAAAAGAAGAACCUUGUGCCUGACCUGAGCAGUAACCUCUACCUCAGGAGGGUGAUGGCAGGUAGGACCUCGGCACCGCCUCAGGAUUACUACCUGGCUGACUCCACUUUAUCUGGCCAGCCAGCUGAGGAGUUUUACAGGGAUAACCCGCACUCGCUCACCAGAUCAGUGCUGCAUUAUAGACCCGGCGCUGGUGGGGGGGGGCCUGCGUGGGAUCAAGGACAGGCGAGGGCCACACCUUCUGUGCUGGCCUCUGCUACUACACCGGUGCUUCCUCCCCCUCCGCCUCUCCCCCCGCCUGCCCCUCCCCUGCAUGAGCUUAGCCGUUUGUACAGGGAAUCUCUGGGAUCUAAGAUGAUCCCAGACGCCCAGCGUAUUGGUGGCGGCGCUUCCUCUCCUGCUGCCUACGGGGUGCCUGUUUACGCCGCCGAGCGACCGUCCCUCCCUGCCCACCAAGCCUAUAACAGCCUCGGCAGCUUGCCCCCGGGACCCCGCCAGCCAGCGGCCACCAGUUCAUUGGUGGACGCAGCUCCUCGAGGAAUGGACGGAGCUCUGUCUCGAGCUUACGGAGCCGUAGCCUCCCAGAGGCUGCCUUAUGACCCCCACUAUGACCCGACCGCGGCCAUGGUGGCUGCCACAGCUGGAAUGCCCCCUGCCUUGCCUCCCGUCCAUCCCAGCGCUGCCGACCCCAAGAAGAUGGUCGACCCGAGCUUCUUGGCUUUCCUGCGAGCUGAAGGCUUGGCUGAGAGCACCAUCACUCUGCUGCUACAGCAUGGCUUUGACUCGAUUUCUACGCUGGGGAUGAUGGAAGAGCACGACAGUCGGUCAGUGGCCCCUAACCUGGCACAGGCACGUGUUCUGUCUCGUGUUGUACAUGUAUGCAAGAGUGGCGGGGCGGGGGGACCACGGACCCGCUCCAACAGCUUCAGCCAUCGCAAUGACCUCUACAUGCAGCCCCAAGGUUUGACCAUGGACCCUGCUCUGAUGCAGCAACCCCCCUCCACCCUCCAGACUGUGUCCCCGCGGAUGGGAGAGUUUCUUGGAAGGCGGCCUAGUAGCGCCCCUUCCCAACAUCUCUUAGAGACCACCACCUACCCAGGGGCACGACAAAUGGCACCUGGAGGUUUUCCAGUUAGCCCCGGAGGAUACAAUAGUGUGGUGCCUCCAGCAAGACCCGUCUCCAUGUACAAUGCUCAUACCGGCCUCGCCCUGUCUGCCAUGGGACAGCAGCCUCCACCAGCUCCGGGCACCCCUGGGGCAGCACCCAAAACCUUCUCCGGCUCCUACUCCCCUAUGGAGCUGAUGAAGAGGGCUCCCAACCUCCCUCCGGCAUCGCCCCUAGCAGCAACGAGCCCCCUUCACAGCCCACAACUUCUUCGGAAAGGGAUCAAUGUUGCCCCCGAGAGUACCGUAGUUCCCGUCUCUCCUUCCAACAUUCUCCAAGUGCAAAGCUCUACCAACACCAAGAUGGUAGGACGGCGUACUGGUCCACCUGUUAUAGUCUCAACCAUGGCCACCACACCUGACACAAGUUAUUUUGCUGUCACCCGACAGGACUUGAUGGACGUUUCAGCGCGUGCCCGAGAUGCAAACUCCAGUUACAGUAUUCGGCCCCAGAUCAUGAACGGGCCGAUGCAUCCGCGCCCGCUGGUGGCGCUGCUGGACGGGCGCGACUGCACCGUGGAGAUGCCCAUCCUCAAAGACCUGGCGACGGUGGCCUUCUGCGACGCCCAGUCCACGCAGGAGAUCCACGAGAAGGUGCUUAACGAGGCCGUGGGAGCCAUGAUGUACCACACCAUCACCCUGACCCGGGAGGACCUGGAGAAGUUCAAGGCUCUACGCAUCAUCAUCCGCAUCGGCAGCGGAUACGACAACAUCGACAUCAAGGCGGCCGGAGAGCUGGGCAUCGCCGUGUGCAACAUUCCCUCCGCAGCCGUGGAGGAGACGGCCGACUCCACGCUGUGCCACGUCCUCAACCUGUACCGGCGAAACACCUGGCUGUACCAGGCUCUCCGGGAGGGCACGCGGGUCCAGAGCGUGGAGCAGAUCCGCGAGGUGGCGUCCGGAGCCGCCCGCAUCCGCGGGGAAACCCUCGGCCUCAUCGGCUUCGGUCGCUCGGGCCAGGCGGUCGCCGUGAGGGCCAAAGUGUUCGGCUUCAACGUCAUCUUCUACGACCCGUACCUGCAGGACGGCCUGGAGCGCUCGCUGGGCGUCCAGCGGGUCUACACCCUGCAGGACCUGCUCUACCAGAGCGACUGCGUGUCCCUGCACUGCAACCUGAACGAACACAACCACCACCUCAUCAACGACUUCACCAUCAAACAGAUGCGUCAGGGUGCGUUCCUGGUCAACACGGCGCGGGGAGGGCUGGUGGACGAGAAGGCUCUGGCCCAGGCGCUGAAGGAGGGCAGGAUACGCGGAGCCGCCUUGGACGUCCAUGAAACGGAGCCCUUCACUUUUGCUCAGGGCCCGCUGAAAGACGCCCCGAACCUGAUCUGCACGCCGCACACGGCCUGGUACAGCGAGCAGGCGUCCCUGGAGAUGAGGGAGGCGGCCGCCACCGAGAUCCGAAGAGCCAUCACCGGCCGUAUCCCUGACAGCCUACGAAACUGCGUCAACAAAGAGUUCUUCGUCACCACGGCACCAUGGGCAGUCAUGGAUCAGCCAGGCGUUCACCCUGAGCUCAACGGCGCCGCCUACAGAUACCCGCCGGGCGUGGUGGGAGUGGCUCCGGGCGGCAUCCCGGGGGCGUUAGAGGGCAUGGUGCCCGGUGGGGUGCCCAUCGCCCACACCCUGCCCUCCGGUACGCACCCCUCCCAGGCCCCGUCUCCCAACCAGCCCUCCAAACACGGCGAGACCAGAGAGCACCUCACCGAGCAAUAGCAGCAGACGGGACAUCUCCUCUGACCCGCCGGCGCUCACAACCAACCCAACCGCACCGCAACCGACCAACUGGGACCAAGAGACUGUUAAACAACACGAAGCGGCUGCCUGUUAGAUCAGCCAGCACACGGGAACAAGAGAGGUGUUUCCCGGGGGAAUUUGUACUUUUAUUGUUUUAGUUUUUACUCUGUCUCUCUGGGUUCAGUACCAACUUUACUCUUUGAUGGGUUUUUUUUUUUUUUUUUUUUUUUUGGUUUUUGUUUUUCUUUUGGGACAUGCCUAUUAUUGUGGACACGAGAGUCCAGUGUUUUUAGUGCUCCAGGAUACCCGACGAGACUCUGUCCAGCCCAACUUGUACACCUCAGAGCUCAUGGGAAACGUAGGCCCCGCGUCGACACACCGAGGGGAAGCGCAAGAGGGAGAAAAAAAGAAAGAAAAACCUUGGGCAUCAUGCGCUACUGGACCUCAUUACCUCUCCCACCCCCUUCCUGAUCCUCCCCACCUCUCCCACCCUCCUUAUGUAACAAGUGUGUGUUGUUUAGCCCUCCCCCUUCCCCCCCAUUACGCCUCAGAAGAGAAUUAUUUUUCUUUCUAUCAUCAGUGCGAAUGAUUAAAAAUGGAUUAUCGACUUCUAUAUAUAUUUAUCAUUCGUCAAAUAAACAAACGAUUGCUCAUCAGUUCUAGUAAUCUAGAGUGGGGUUUAACCCUUUCCUUGCAGCUGCAGUGACAGACUUCCACCACUAGAGGUCGCUUAACACUAAACAUUCACUGUGUUCAUGUGACUGCAGCCAACUUUAUAAGUUAUAUGAACCAAGAGGGCAGCCGCCGCUGGCUGACUGUUAACUUUUAUUUUCGGUCACCGAGAGCUACUGGCGUGUGACUGAGCUGCGAAGGAGAACAUAUCAGCCACUGUAACAGGAUAAGGAGGCUGACGUGAUGACAGCAGCGACCGACUCCCUCACAUCUAUGAGCACAUUUCCACGGUGACCGCAGGAAAGGGUUAAAGCAGACUUCAUUUCUUAAUGACUCAGGAAAACACUUUUUUGCAGAUAUGGUUUUUCCCAUGAAUUUUGUCUUUGAAAAAAGAAAAAAAAAAAAAGAAGCUAAGACUGAUCCGGUUAGUCUGAGUAUUUUCUCUCCAUCUUCUCCAUUGUGGUAUUUUUCUAUACAAAGGCGCAUCAGACGUUUUUUGGUGUUUAAAAAGAGUUUUGAGGAGUCCUGUUAGAUUUGUAUUGCCUAGUUAAAUGUUCCUAUAACCAUAGUCCUAUGUGAUCCACCCUUCUCUUCACUCCUUAUGAUUUCUUUGUUCUAUUGAAGGCCAGGUUCUGCAGGGGGCGGGGGGGCGUCCUGUACUCAGUGAGAGCAAUAGCUGAACUCCUAUUUAGUGUCCCAACAAUAGCAUAAGAGGCAGCCAGCAGUAUGUUUUUGUUUUUAGUGUGAGUAUUUGUAUUUGUUUCUUGUACAAGGUGGACAUUUAGCAUUCAGUGCAGUUCAAAUAAAACUGAUUCUGAGAACUA